AUGAAAAUUCUUGAGCAGGAAGUCCUUGGUGUACGCAGAGGUUUUCAGCACGUCACAAAUCCAUCCUUCGUCCGGUUUCUAUGGACGGAUACCCGGAAAUUCGCCGGGUUCUUGGGAUACGGAAACCCAGUGAACACCAGUCCGGCCGGCUGGGAGCGGCUCUUGGACGGGGAUUUCAGUCACAUGGCUGCGCCCGUGAGGGAGAAAGUCUGUUCUGGGGAAGCAAAUUCCCGACCGAAAGAUAGUGGCGCUCCGGCCCGCGAAAAGGCUUCGUCGCAGAUGGUGGCCACUUCGCGGCCAGCUUUGACAACCGAGGCCUCGAUGAGGGUCAUUUCUGAUAUCGACACUGCAAUCCUGCGAGAUUUCAAGAUGCCCGUUCGGAAACAAGAGGCCCAUCGUGCCUUGGAGCUUCUGGAAGACUACCACAGCAAACUCGUUCGCAAUGAAGACAAACAGCUGAGGCUUGCUAUUGAGCGAGUCAUCAGGAUUUUCAAGUCCCGACUCUUCCAGGCGCUGCUCGGACUGACACUGUGUGUCCUGGUGUGUGCAAUUCUGGGACACGGGGUGUUCUGCGCGCCUGUAGCUGUCGCUGAUAACGACGGCGGCGAUGGCGGCAAUGAGCGGUCAGGCGGGGUAAUUGUCCCGGGCGACGCCCCCUGGGACCGGGACGCCUUCGCCCCGGGCAUGGGUCGCUGGACGACCCUUGGGAAAGGCAUUUUGCAGCUCCAGGUGCCGUGUUUGUCUUUCCCCUUUCUCGGAUCCUCGGGACUGACACUGUGUGUCCUGGUGUGUGCAAUUCUGGGACACGGGGUGUUCUGCGCGCCUGUAGCUGUCGCUGAUAACGACGGCGGCGAUGGCGGCAAUGAGCGGUCAGGCGGGGUAAUUGUCCCGGGCGACGCCCCCUGGGACCGGGACGCCUUCGCCCCGGGCAUGGGUCGCUGGACGACCCUUGGGAAAGGCAUUUUGCAGCUCCAGGAACUCGCUCGGCAAUUCAAAAUACCGAGUGCCAUUUUUGACGAAAACGAAAUCAUGAGACGAAGGCAAAUCCACGGCUUUGUCGAUGGUCUACCAAAAGAAGCAGACGAAGCUGAAAGUUUCUCUGACGACUUUUCGCAGCCUCAUUUUGAAUCCGAACGAAAUACCGAGUCGCUGGGCGUGAAUUUGUCUCCUGUGAGAUACGAAUUCGCGGAACAAGAGCAGGACGACGCACUAGAAACUGUGGCAGCGGAAAAAAUGGACCUCCACUAUUUGUACACGCACGGAUUGAACACCGAACCCCUGGUUAAAGGGGAUGACGGGGAUCCUGUUUCCCGAGAUUUGCAAAUAAACGCCCGGUUAAGUAGUGGUCAGCAACAGGGAUAUUCUGCUGGGAAUGGACCUGACAAGGACAGCAAUUAUUGCUGGACCAGAUUUUUGCCGUGA